AUAACACUGCAUAGUAGGACUAGCAGAGCACUUGUCAACGCAGAUUAAUUUCUUCCUUCAUACCUUUCUUCUUCAAGCAAUUUCUGCCUAAGCGAAAUCAACGAGGGAGAAAAAGAAGGUCUGGUAUCAUGGAACAACCAACAACCACUACCUUCUCCGUCUUCUUCUUCUUUCACAUGUUCCAGAGGCAUCCAUACCCGUAACAAUUUCUUCACUGGUAAUAAUCUAUACAAUUUGAUGAUCGUCAAAUUCCAAAAGGGGAUGAAAUGAAACCUACUCUUCUUCAACCAAUUCAACAUUCUAUAAUCUUCAUUCCUAUUUUCUUCUCUGACAAUUUUAUGCAUCUUUAGCGUUCUCUUUGACAAUGUGGAUCUAUCGCAGAUUUCACACAUAAUCGGGACUUAUGCUGAUGCUUUUGCAAAACAUGAGAGGUGAGGUUUAGAGAUGAGAAUGAUAAGGUGCAGAAAUAGAGGGAUGAUUCGCAUCAAUUUGCUAAUAUGUAUUGAUGGCAUUUCAAACUAGGGUCUGAAUCAGAAUAUAGAUUUAUUGGAAAAAAAUCGUUGAAGAGGUCUCUAUAAAAAUCAACUAUAUUCCUUUUCAUGUUGCAAGCAAGCCAGUUGAGUUCGAGUCUCGAAUGUUAGAAGUUACAUCUCUCCUUGGCCUUGAAUCAAAUGAGAGAGUCAACAUGGUAGGCAUUUUUGGAAUCGGCAGAAUAGAGUAAUCAACAACUGCUCGUGCUGUGCAAAGCUCGAUUGCCGAUCAAUUUGAAAGUGUGUUAUCUCGCUGUCAUAAGAGAGAGGGCAACUAAUCAUGAUCUUGCACUACUCCAAGAAACACUACUUUCUGAAAUACUCGGGGAGAAGGAUAUUAAAGUGGGAGAUGUUUGCACGAAAAGGAAAACAAAAAUCACAAUAGUAAAGAGCUUGACACAGGCAUCCCCUGUUCAGUCACCCCCACCUCUGUCUCGCUCUGCCGUGGUCCCUUGCCGUUGUAGCCUUUCUGCCAUCGUGGGUGUGAAUGGGCAUCUACAGGACAACUUUCUUGUUCCUACUCUCAGUAAAAGAACGGAGUUGUUCACAAGGCACCUAUUACACACCUAUUACAGUUAUUCAGUUAUUAAACGCUCAAACAGAGAAGUUGAAGGAUAUUUUCUCCCGCAUCAUCAACCAAUUAGGUGCUGGUGCAAUGCAACCUCAACACAAGAAGAUGAUGAUAAUGCAGUACCAGACCUUGUCCUCGGCGAGACUUUUGAGAUAGCGGCUGAGACUCAAGCAACUCUGAGUUUGUCUAAUCCAUGUGCAUCAUUAUUGGAGGUAACAAUCAAUUUUAGUAUUUGUAUUCUAAUAUAUGGUCUCACAUUGGGUGCAAAAUUAAAUGUUCACAAAAAUUAUCAAAGAAGUUAAAAGCUCUUUUUAAAAAGCAAAAUACUCCCUUUAUGAAUAUAAUACUUCUCCCUCUUUUAGUAUUAUUAAAAAGCCGGAAAAAAAAUUAAGUUACCGAAUAGAAACACCAUUUUAAGAACCAAGCAUAAGGCUAUACUUCUCCCCCACUGUGAGAGACAUCCAACUUUGAGAACGAUUAUUAAACGCAAGCAAACGUUGAACCGGUGUGCUCAUAUGUUCAAGGUUUAAAGGUUAUACAUAAAGUAAAAUUUGUGAAAUGAUACAAAAUUAAAAUACCAAAAUAAAAUUGGUAUAAAUAUUUUGAUUAAUAAAUAUACAUGACUUAAAAAUUAUAAUUUUAUAAAUUUUUCAGUGCCUCAUUCAACUUUUAUUUGUUGUUUAUUAUAUGAAACCCAAAACACUAAACAUGGCACCAUACACAUCAACUCAGAAUAAGGAAAUGGGCCACAACAAUAGUUACAAAAUGUUAGUUGAUUCUAAAUAUUAAACCUAAAUAUUUCAAUUGAAAAUUAACCCGAAUUUCACUAGUUAUGAGUUGUCAGCAAAAUCUUUUCUUAGUUUUCAUAUGUGCGCCGUCUCACUCUACCUCUUCUCUCAUCAGUAUAAAAUAUUGCAUCUUUCUUUCCAAAUUUUUUAUCAAGCCAACUCUUUCCCAGAAAAGAACAGAGCAUGAAGAAGAAAAUAAAAAGGAUUUGUAUUUUUAUAUUUAAUUUUCUGUUACCGUAGAAUGUACAAGAUAGAGGAUGCAACCAAACCCCUUCAUCUUGCUAAACUAAACAGUUAAAUUUUCUUUAUUUUAUGAUAUAAAAACACAGUUCAACUUGUAAAACCGGUCAAAUAAUUGGUUUUAUCCGGUUCAUCCGGUUUUGAUUGGUUUCUUUGUUUAUAUUCCGGUUUUGAUACAAACCGGUUUUUAGGACUCUUCAGACCGGACAUAGGUUCGGUUUCCGGUCCAAUCGAUUAAUUCCGGUCCGAUUUUGACUACCAUGAUUAAACGUAAGUCUUUGUUGACCUUUAAGGCUUGGAUUAAAGUUGGGCUUAUGAAAAAAUUUAGACCAAGUUGCCCCUUUUUAUUUUAUUCAAGAUUUUUUAAACUAGUGCAAAUAAUUUAUUUAAUUAAUUUAUAAUAUUAUUUAAUUAAAUUAGUACAAAACAAGAGGAGUGCUACAUGUAUAUAUUAUAUAUAUCUGAAUCCUUAGUAUCCAAAAUAAAAUAAAAUAAUGCAUACAAUGUGAGUGAUGAUAGGAUAAAGCAGGAAAAAGAAAAAGUUUAAGGCUUUCUCUCCUCUUUCUUCGCAUAAUGGGGGAGAAAAGAAAUUGUGUGGGCCCCACAUAUAUUUAAUCUCUGUUCCUAAUUUCUUUGCACUGCCAAGCAAGAGAACUUUACACUCUCUCUGCUUAAUCUCUCUUAUCUCUAUCUCUCGUCUAUAUUUCUUCUAUUCCAAGCAGAGCCUUAGAAAAGAUAACAAAAAUAUACAUGUUCAAACAAAUGGAAGAAAGUUGGGCAUAUCACCAUUCUAUUGGGAGAAUCUUAAGUUCCAUAUUUGUUAAAGAUAAAGUCCACAAAGAGUUUAUAUAUAGUAGCACUCAUCAUUGUUACAACAAACUCUAAUUCUAAUAUGGUAUCGUUUUGGGCCACCCACCAUUUAUAUAUGUGCACCAAUCCUAAUAGUUAUGGGCAUAAGGGGUUGUAUUGGAAAAACCAAGUCUCACAUAUCGACAAUUCGGGUCACUCACCGUUUAUGUGCACGCACCAAGCAGAGUUAUUAAUCCCGAAUAGCGGAGCGGGACGGCCGACUCCCAAAAGUGGGAAUAGUGGGAUAAAUUUGUUUAUACUAAUAAUUAUAUAAAAAACUAUAAAACAUAUGUCAUGUAAUACUAAACUAAUUUCACAACACUCAUAAAAUAUUUAUAAAAUCUAAUGCCAAAUAAAGAACAAUGCUUAAUCAUUCAAAACAUAUAGAUUCAAAUUCAAACUUAGUACUAUGAUAUGAAAAUUCAAGCAAACAUAAAAAAUCAUGUAGCAUCAUCAAAAUAUUCCUCAACAUCUUCAUCGUCUUCAACAUCAUCCCCUAAUUCUUCAUCUUCAACAUCUUCUACAACAUCUUCCUUUGAUUUUUCAUCUUUAACAUCUUCAACCUCUUCUACCACCACUUGUUGCUCUUGGUGCAAUUGUAUCUUCCUCUGAUUUUUCAUCUUUAACAUCUUCAACCUCUUCUACCACCACUUGUUGUGCACUUGUUGCUCUUGGUGGCCUUGUUGCUUAUCGUCGUGCCAUUGACCUCCUAGUGUAGAUUAAAGGCUCAUUAGCCCCACUAGCAUCGGCAACUUGAGUCCAAGUUAAAUCAUGAUUUGGAUCAACCAAAUCUUCACCAUCAUCUCCUACCUUUUCCCUCUCUCCCACCAACCAUUCGGUGUGGAAAUUAAUUUUGCUAAAUUCCAUAGGAUCAAUUUUAUCCCGAAUUUCAAAACUCUCUACCAAAGCUUUGAUUAUACUUAGAUAAACACCAAGUCUUGCAAUCUUUGAUGUUCCAAUUUAUUUCUCUUCUUAGAAUGAAUCUAAAAUACAAUAAUUUGAAGUAUUAAUUUAAUAAUACUUGCAUGUAAGAAGAUACUUUAAUAUCCUAGUAUAAAAUUAAUACUCACAUGCUCAAAGAUGCUCCAGUUACGCUCACAUCCGGAAGCACUGCAACUCAAACUCAACACUUUAAUAGCCAACAAUUGCAACUCCGGAGUUUCGGCUCCAUAAGACUUCCACCACUCAGCUGCAAGUAAUUGUAAAAAAUCAUUCCAUAUACAUAACACAAAGUAUAUCACAUGUAAAAAUAAAAAAAUGUCGACCUUUGUCUCAUUGCCGCUUUUAUACCAAAGAGAUCUAUAGCACCCCGGUAUUGUGCCAAUUGUACUGAAAUCAAAUCCUCCACUUCAUCACUUUCACUAAGUGUCUCAAUGCACUUACGGAGGCCUCUCACCAAUCUAGCAUUGGUCUCAAUUUCUGGUUUAGAAUAAUAAUAUUCAGGAUUGAGAUAGUGACCUGCAACAUGUAGCGGAUGAUGAAGUUGACACUCCCAUCUUUUAUCAAUGAUUUCAAAUACGGCUUUGUACUUGCUUGAAUUUGAACUGAAAGUUUUUUCAAUCCAUUCCUUCGCUACCCUCAUUGCGGCAUAUAUGCAGCCCAUUGCGGGUUUCCUUUCAUUGUUAACCAUUCUUAGCACAUCUACAAGAGGCGCCAUGCACUUAAAAGUGUAGAGAACAUCAUUUCAAAAUGAUACCAUAAAUAUAGUAGUAGUUGCCCUUUGUCCUUUAGCAUCUUUGGCACACUUUGAACUUGUCCAUUCUUCACAAAGGAACAUCUCUCUAAGCUUUACAAAGGAAAUGAGUAGCAAACCUUGUCACUCCUUGUUUAACCAAUUCAACAUUGCGGGUAGUCUUUCUCAUUAGAUUCAAAGUAAAAGCAUGGUUAUAAAUGUAGCCCACAACCUUAAUCCUUUUUUGUAUAACCUUUAGAACCUUUGGAAUUUUGCCUAUGUCUUCUAACAUAAAGUCUAUACAAUGGGUAGCACAUGGAGUCCAAAACAUGUUUUCCUCUUCUUACACAAUUCUUUACCCGCCGCUACAUAGUUACUUUCAUUAUCGGUGAUCAAUUGGACAACAUUUUUCACCCAUUUCCUCAAUAAAUGUGUCCAACAACUCGGCUAGCUUUUCCCCUGUCUUUGCAUAGUUAGAAGCAUCCACACUCUUCACAAACAUGGUCCCCGUCGGACAAUUGACCAAGAAAUUGAUCAAUGUUCUACCUUUUCUAUCCGUCCAACCAUCCAACAUAAUUGAACAGGCAUAUUUGUUCCUUUGCACCUCUUGGUUCUCCAACUCAUUUUGAAGAAGUGGAACCCUAAGUUCAUGAUAGCUUGGCGGCUUCAAAUGAGGACCAUAGCUUCCAACGGCUUCAAACAUCAACUUAAAAGCUCUUGCAUUUGUUACGUUAAAAGCAACUUCACACGUAUAAAAAAGCGAGCAAUAUAUUGGAUGGUUCUUGCCCUCGCUUCUUUAUCACACGCAUCAUUGAUGCUUGUGUCCUUAGCCAUCUUAUACACCAAAUCCAAUGGCCCUUUAGUCCUCUUGACGACUAUUGAAGAGGUCUCACUCUCAGCAAGUCUCUUUCUGGUUCGAAUCCUACUUAUUUCCUUGAUAUCGAUGGUAUCAUCCGCAUCUAUUUGCACCGCAUUUUCUUGUAUUCCUUUCUCAAUUCUCUCUUUCUCAACCAUGUCAGCACGUAAUAUAGCCUUAACAUCCUCAGGUGUUUUCAAACAAGGAACUACAUCACCUUGAAUUCCUGCUUGAUGCCUUUUUGCUCUACUUAUUCCCCCACUGAUUGUUAUAUUACAGAAAUCACAUGCCACCUUCUUCCGAUUAUUCAAAUCCUUCGAAUGAUUAUAUUUCCAUCCUAUGUUCUUACUAUUGGUCGGUUUGAACGUUGGAGCACACGAAGCAACCGACGCAGAAUUCGGUGUUGAAGAAGAUGCUGCCAUAUUGUUCUAGUUCUAGAAUCGACAAAAAACGACGGAAAUUUAAUAGAACAGUAAAAGUAAAAGAAGUAGUAGAAAUUUAAUAGAACAAUAAAGAAUGUUGAAAGAAAGAAGAAGAAGAUAGGAGAUAGAAAGAUUAAGAGAGAAGAUUACUAGGGCUGAAGAGGAAGGAACGACUGAGAAGUGAGAACGGUGACAUUGUGAGUUGGAGAAUGAAGUCGAGGACGGCUGAGUAGGUGACGUCGUGAGUGAGAAGUGAGAACGGUGAGUCGGUAACAGCAAAUGGAGAAUGAAGAAGGACGAGGGACUAGGGCACGAACAGUAUAUGAAGACGAAAAAAAACAUUUUCUGUUUUUAAAAUGAGGGGUAAUUUAGUAAUUUCCCCCUGAAAAAGUAAAAAAAAAGAAAUGGAUCAGAGCCGCUCUGCCCAGGAACGACCCGCAAACUCGGCCGUAGCGGCCGCUACACCAUCUCCGCCACCGCACCCUACAUCUCGCGCGGGUGGGGGCUGCGCCGCUAUAGUGGCCGAGAAUGACAUCUCUGGCACCAAGUCCAUUUAUAUAUGUGCAUCAAACCCAAUAGUAUUGGACGAGGGGGGUGAUUGGAAAAAGCAAGUCUUACAUAUUGACAAUUUGGGCCACCCAUCGUUUAUAUCUAUGCAUCAAGCUCAAUAAUGUUUGGCGUGAGGGGAUGUAUUGGAAAAAACUCAAGUUUCGCAUUAGUUAAAAAUAAAGUCCAUAAAGAAUUUACGCGAGGGAUUUCCCACAUCUCACAAGCCGGUUUGUUAAGUCAAAUUCUAAUUAUAAUAUAUUCUUGGAAAUUACAAAUGAAUUAGAAAAAUAGCCUUGAUUAUACAAAAGAGUCACUUUAAUCUUAAUCGUGUAAAAAAAUUUUCUUUUAAAAAACCUUACAAAUAUAGUCAAGUCAACCGGGAAUAGGAUUGAUCGUUGUUUUAUUGACAAAGAUGUGAAAGAUGAAUUUGUUCACUGAUGUCUUUGUCACAUUAAAUUUCAAAGUUGAAGUAGUCAAUUCACAAUUAAUAUAAUGUAAUGCCGAAGGAAAUUUCCUUUGACAAAUAGGUACUCAGAAAUAGGCAAAAACAAAAAACAAUAACACGAGACCAUGUAGCUUUGAACCAAUAAGUGAGAAUGACUUCUAUUAUUAACGUUACUCUGAUUGUUUGACUACUAUUAUUAUUUAUUUAGUGGUUUUGUUUAUUGUUUUAUUUUGGUUACAAGUGCAACCAAUUUUUUUUAAUGUCAGAUCAGUUAAAACACGAGUUCUAGGAAAAUAUUCUUUGAAAGUAUUAAUUGGAGUUUAAAAAUUGAGAAUUUUAGAGGCAUUCUGCUAAUUAAAUAUGCAGCUGUUAAAACAGCUUCGCCCCACAAAUAGUUUGGUACUUUAUUCGAGGAAAGUAGAACUCUAGCGAUCUCCAAUCAAUGUCUAUUUUUUCUUUCAGCAACUUCAUUUUGUUGAGGAGUAUUAGGACAUGAACUUUAAUAUACAAUCCCAUUUUUUAGGAAAAAAUCAUCCAAGACCGUAUUAAGAUAUUCUUUGUCAUUAUCAUUUCUAAAGACUUGGAUAUUUGUUUGAAAUUGAUUCCGCACCAUUGUAAAAAAUGAGGAACCAUGUGUCAAUUUUGUUGAGGUGUAGAUAAAAUGAGGAAGCACUGAUAGGAAUUGAAAGUGGUCCUAUCCUAGCUUAUAUCAAGAAGUGGAGCUGUCAAUUUUAACUGAGUCCGAUGGAACCAUGCCUUGGGUUGAGUUGAACUUCUUAAUUACAUGCAUCUUAAGUACAUCUCUGUAAUAUUACGGAGAGAUGCAUUUCCGGACUAAUUUCUUACAAAAAAAAAUAAGAGUGGUUUGCCAAUUUAUGCUAAAUAGUAUGUAAAGAAGGUGCGUCUGGAGAUGCAUCUCCGAACGCUAUGGACAUUUUGGGAUUUUCAAGGGUAUAGUGGGCACAGUAAAGAUGGAAAGAGCAUUUUCCUUUUUUUGAACAUCAAGAAUUUUGUAGCUCCUCCUGUUUUUAAAGAAAAUCUUACAUUUUCUUUCAAUUUCAACACAACAUUAUUAUUUUUUUAAUUGCACCCUCUAAUUAAUGUCACUUCCAUCAUUUUCAAUUCCCAACUUAUUUGACUGAGGGCGUGUAUUGAUUUUGGAAAGGAGUAGGAAAUUAACAACACGUCAGUAAUGUCAAAUCAACGCGGAAUCAACAUGGAAUGUACUCUUUCUUGUAUGGUGACAAGACUAAAUGUACAUUAUUUAAGGACACAGAACUUAGCAUAUGAAGGAAUCACGACCAUAAAAUUUUACCAUCUUCAACAUCUUGUUCAUUUCUUCAACCUUUCAUCUUUAAGCAGAUUCAUAGUAAGGGAAAGAAGGUCCUAGUAUCAUGUCAUUGUCUUGUUCUUUCACAUGUGAUGAUUGGAUUUAUGAUGUCUUUCUCAGUUUUAGAGGCAUUGAUACUCGAAACAACUUCGCUAGUAAUCUCUACAAUUCUCUUCAUCAAAAAGGUAUAAACACUUUCUUUGAUGAAGAUAAAAUUCAUAAGGGAGAUGAACUCACACCCACUCUUCUCCAAGCCAUUAAACAAUCUAGGAUUUUCAUUGCUAUUUUCUCUAACAACUAUGCAUUUUCAACUUUUUGUUUGACUGAACUUGUCACCAUCAUUGAUUGCUCCAAGUCACAUGGAAGGUUGUUUUUGCCGGUUUUUUAUGAUGUCGAUCCAUCUCAAAUUCGACACAUAACUGGCACUUAUGCUGAGGCUUUCGCGAAACAUGAGGCGAGGUUUAGAGAUGAGAAGGAAAAGGUGCAGAAAUGGAGGGAUGCUUUACAUCAAGCUGCUAACAUGUCUGGAUGGCAUUUCAAACCAGGGUCUGAACCAGAAUAUAAAUUUAUUGCAAAAAUCGUUGAAAAGGUCUCUAAAAAGAUCCACCGUAUUCCUUUGCAUGUUGCAAGCAAGCCUGUUGGGUUGGAGUCUCAAAUGUUACAAGUUACAUCUCUCCUUGACCUUGAAUCUAAUGAGAGAGUCAGCAUGGUAGGCAUUUAUGGAAUCGGCGGAAUAGGAAAAUCAACACUUGCUCGUGCUGUGCAUAACUUGACUGCUGAUCAAUUUGAAAAUGUGUGUUUUCUUGCUGACAUAAGACAGCAGGAAGCUCAUCAUGGUCUUGCCCACCUCCAAGAAACACUACUUUCUGAAAUACUUGGAGAGAAGGAUAUUAAAGUGGGAGAUGUUUAUAGAGGAAUUUCAAUAAUUAAAAGGAGGCUCCAAAGAAAGAAAGUCCUUUUGAUUCUUGACAAUAUUGACAAAGAGAAGCAGUUACAGGUACUUGUAGGAGAUCAUGAUUGGUUUGGCUCCGGCAGCAAGAUCAUAAUCACUACAAGAGACAAGCAUUUGCUGGCCACUCAUGGGAUUGUCAAAGUGUAUGAGGUCCAACAGCUAAACAAUGAAAAGGCUCUUGAAUUAUUUAGUUGGCAUGCAUUUAAAAGUAAAGAAAUGGAUCCAAGUUAUGUGGAUACUGCACAACGUGCAGUAUCUUAUUGUCAUGGUCUUCCCUUGGCUUUGGAGGUGAUAGGUUCUCAACUGUUUGGAAAAAGUUUAGCUGUAUGGAAAUCUUCAUUAGAUAAAUAUGAAAAAGUCAUUUGUAAAGAUAUUCAUGAAAUUCUCAAAGUUAGCUAUGAUGAUUUGGAAGAAGACGAGAAAGGCAUUUUCCUAGACAUAGCUUGUUUCUUCAAUUCAUAUGAAAUACGCUAUGUCAAAGAAAUACUAUACUUGCAUGGCUUUCAUGCGGAUGGUAGCAUACAGGUGCUAUUUGACAAAUCUUUAAUGAAAAUUGAUGCCAAUGACUGUGUCAGAAUGCAUGACUUGAUUCAAGAUAUGGGCAGAAAAAUUGUGAGGCAGGAAUCAACAGUGAAGCCUGGAAAACGCCGUAGAUUAUGGUUUAGUGAUGACAUUGUUCAUGUUUUGGAAGAAAACAAGGGAACCGAUUCAAUAGAAGUCAUAAUCUGCGACUUGCACAAAAUCAAAGAAGUGAAAUGGUGUGGAAAAGCCUUUGGCCAAAUGAAGAACUUGAAAAUUCUUAUAAUUAGAAAUGGACGAUUUUCCCAAGGUCCUCAAAUUCUUCCAAAUAGUUUGAAAGUUCUUGAUUGGAGCGGAUAUCAAUCAUCCUCUUUACCAUCCGAAUUUAAUCCCAAGAAUCUUGCAAUACUUAACCUGCCUGAAAGUUGCCUUAAACAUAUUGAUUCACUCAAGGUGUUUGAGAUGUUGAACUUUCUAGAUUUUGAAGGCUGUGAGUUCCUAACCAAAAUACCUACCUUAUCUAGAGUACCGAAUUUGGGGGCACUGUGUGUCGAUUAUUGCACAAAUUUAAAUAGAAUUCAUGACUCAGUUGGGUUUCUUAACAGGCUUGUGUUAUUAAGUGCUCAAGGAUGCAAUCAACUAGAAAUUCUGGUUCCUUGCAUCAACUUGCCAUCUUUAGAGACUUUAGAUCUUAGAGGUUGCUCGUGUCUUGAAAGGUUCCCUGAAGUAGUUGGAGUAAUGGAGAAUAUAAAAGAGGUUUAUUUAGACCAGACUGCCAUAAAACAAUUGCCUUUUACAUUUAGAAAUCUUGUUGGACUCCAACGUUUGUUCUUGAGGAGAUGCCAGAGGAUGAUCCAGCUACCAAGCUAUAGAUUUCCCAAAUGUGAGAUAAUUACAGAUUAUGGUUGUAGAGGAUUUCGAUCAUUCAAGGAUGAAGAAAAAGUGAGCCCAAUAGUGUUUGAAGAUGCUAUGCUUGUUCAUAAUGAAUAUGGACGGUCCUACCUUGAUAUGUAUUCUUAUUAUACAACCUCCAACGAUUUCAUUGAAGUAUGUGGUCCUCUGUGUGAAUCAGAACUCACUAAAUUUGGGAAUUUAACGGGGAGCAUGAAGUUUGGUAAGCUUAAAAAGAACAAAUCAUCAGUAUGUUUUUGGUUCCGAAAAAAAUUCCCCAGGAUAGCUCUAAAGUGUUUUGUUGAAUCUGAAAAGCAUUUGGACAACAUGGUGUUGAGUUUUGAGUUGAAUGUACUCAUCAAUGGCACUAAGCAACUCACUUCCUCAUGUGAAUACAUAUUUUAUACAACAAAAGCGACAGCACAAGCUCUUUGUUGUGAUGUACAAUGCAAAUUGGAGGGUGUAUUUUCAGAGAAUGAGUGGAAUCAGGUGGAUAUUUUAUGUGAGUUGAAACAUCUAUUGCCAUGUGAUUUCAAAGGGGUGAUGGCUUAUCGGGAUUGGACAGCUAAGAGGAUUCUGAGGUGGUCUGUUUUGUCUGUCGUGUUAGAAAACAAAGAGGAUGAUUUGAGUUUAAUUGACAAUCCUAAUUCUCCUAUGUCAGCUGAAGAGAAAUUUCGAGAGAUACAAGAAAUAAACAAAACACUUAAGAACGAAUCACUGCGCAACAUAUGUAAAAAAUGCAUAAAACAAAGGGAAUUCAACAUAUGUAAAAAAUGCAAAAAAACAAAGGGAAUCCGCUAUUCCAUAUGCACGUUUUCGAAAAUACCAUCUCAACUAAAUUAUUAUGAAAAUUUUCUAAUAAUUUCGUAGGUGUAUCUACGGAAUCUUCUCUUAACUAAAUUAUUAUGAUAAUUUUUCAAUUUAUUUCGUAGAUCUAUCUACGGAAUCUUCUUUUAACUUAAUUAUUAUGAAAAAUUUUCAACGUUUACAAUUUUAAAAUACUUUCGUAGAUGCACCUCUGAAAAAGACUAAAUUUUGUAAAAAAAAAAGUACUUUUGGAUGUGCAUCUAUAAAAGCAGGAGACAUAAUUCGAAUUUCACUGGGUAGGCAAGAGAUUCAAGGGAUGGACUUAGAUGACCUCAAAACAAAAAUCCGCCACAUAGUGGGAGGGGAUAGUUUAUUGGAAAUUCUUAGAUAAAAUUAAUAGAUAUUCAAUUAGCCUUGGUUAAUGAAUAUGAGUACAUAUUUGAUGAUAUCCUUAGUCCCUGUGGAUGUUCUAGAUGAUCCUUUUCUUCCUUCUCAUUUCAUAAUUAAUAAAGUGAUGAUGAAGUGCACUAAGCAUUAAAGAGUACAAUGAUAUUGCUAGUUGUAGCAAUGUCAAAUAACUGUGAGACAUCCUUCGUAUGAUUUAUGGAAGUUCUAUUAACAUCAAAAGGAAAGGAUGAACACAUUAGAGCGGAAAGUAGAGAUACCAAAUAAAAAUCUUUAAAGAUGGUUCUCAAAUGUUAGUAUGCUUUGUGUUAAGAGUCCCACAUCGGAUAAUAUAUGGCUUGAACAUGUCCUUAUAUGUGGGGGCAAUCCUCAUCCUACAAGCCGGGUUUGUAGGGUUGAGUUAGGCCCAACCACAUUUCUUAACAUGGUAUCAUAGUCUGGUUUAAGAUCCGGUAAGCCACCUUCUAUGGUUUCCGCUAUCGAGCCACCCACAGUUUAUUUUCACGCUCCAGUUGUCUAGUCCUGGGCGUGACGGAGUGUGUUAAGAGUCCCACAUCGGACAUUAUAUGGCCUGAACAUGUCUUUAUAAGUGGGGGCAAUCCUCACUUUACAAGGCGGUUUUGUAGGGUUGAGUUAGGCCCAACCACAUUUCUUAACACUUUGCAUUAUUUUUGAAAAUUACAUCUCUAAAAGGUAUCAAAUUUUUUUAAUCAAUUUUUCCUCUUUGAAAAUUGUUUUUAAGUAAAAGCUUGCUCAAAGAGUCAUAUCAAGUUCUAGGAGUUUGUUUUAUAUCGUAAAGAGUCUUUUCUGUUUAAAAAUAUGAUUAGAAAAAAUAAGAUUUAUAAAACUGGGAGGUUAAUCGACAUAAGGUUAAUCGACAUACACUUCCUCCUAUAUGUAGUCGUUCAAAAACAUACUUUUACGUCUACCUUG